CGGCGAACAUGUGCCACUUCUUCACAAGACCGUAACGCUCGAGUACGCAGUACGCUUUUUUGUUUUUGCAGUGGUGCGCGUCCCUAGCGCAAGGGAAGACGCCUGCUUGUUUUGGUUUGGCUAGUUCUGCGUGUGCCUUGAGUUUUCGGGGAGUGGCUUGGGCCGAGUCUCCAGGCAGGUGAGGCAGGUGAGGCAGGCAGGCACUUACUUCCGGGAAAGCGAUGAGGUCCCCCGCGCCGCGCGGGCAGAGCGCCCGUGCCUCUGGCAGGGGUGGCUGCGGGGUGACGUCACCGGGCGCUCCUUAUUUGGCGAUGGGCGGCUCCCCGCGCCGCGGAGUAUCCGCUAUGUCAGGAGGGAGGCGGGGUUGGAGUAGAGGCAGCGCUUUCCACUUCAUAAUUAUUUAUUUUUUUUAUGACGGCCAUCGGAAGCUGAUCGCUCAGAUGCUGCCGGUUAUGUUACAGAGUUGUUGUGGCUUUUAACUGACAGUUAUGCACUUACACGGCCCGCGAUUGGCAGACCGUAAUCCAGCCGGCAAAACAGAAUUAUAAAACGUUAUAGGUGUUUGCUGAUCUCGUCUUCGUGCCCCCAAAGAACUCAUUUUCAUUUUUUUAAAUUAAAAAUGCAUGUCUUUCUUUUUUUUGGGGGUGGGAGGGGGUCUUUCCUUGGCUUGUAUCACAGAGGGGAUAGAAGUCAAGCGGGCUGUUGCGGAACAGACCCCUUGAAACGAUACCUCGGGUGGGAAUAAAAACUUAAAAAAAAAAAACUCACGGUGAGAAAACGAAACAAAACCCUGACCCGCCCGAACCCUGUCUCGCCUCCCCUGCCCAGGCCGGCAUCAUGGACAUCUGCGAGUCCAUCAUGGAGAGGAAGCGGCACGACAGCGAGCAGUCCUCGGCCAGCGGUGCGCUGGAGCACACCGACCUGGAGGCGGUGGAGGCGCUGGUGUGCAUGAGCGCCUGGGGUCAGAGGGCGCACAGGACGGAGCCCUGCCGGGCCCGGCCGCUCACCCCGGCCUCCGACUCCUGCGACUCCCUGCUGCACACGGACGCGCCGCUGGACGGCCCCGGGCCCAGAGACUUCGUGUCUUUUUCCUCGCUGUGCAUGACCCCGCCGCACAGCCCCAGCUUCUCCGACACCCCCGCGUUCUCGCAGCAGUUCCUGAUGGGGGCCCCCGUGCCCCAGGGCACCGUCAUGCUCGUCCUGCCCCCCUCCCCGGUGCCACAGCCCCCGCAGGGCCCGCAGGCGGUCGUGACCCUGGGCAACACCAGACUGCUGCCCCUGGCCCCCGCGCCCCUGUACGUGCCCUCCGGCCAGGGCACCGGCGCCGGCGCCUCCCAGUCGGACUUCUCCCGCCGGCGGAACUACGUCUGCAGCUUCCCCGGGUGCCGCAAGACCUACUUCAAGAGCUCGCACCUCAAGGCGCACCUCCGGACCCACACAGGUGAAAAGCCCUUCAGCUGUACCUGGGAGGGCUGCGACAAGAAGUUCGCGCGCUCGGACGAGCUCUCGCGCCACCGCCGGACGCACACGGGCGAGAAGAAGUUCGCCUGCGUGGUCUGCGAGCGGCGCUUCAUGCGCAGCGACCACCUGACCAAGCACGCCCGCCGCCACCUGACCGCGAAGAAGAUCCCCAGCUGGCAGGCGGAAGUCCAGAGCCUGAACGGCACGCCGCCCGCCCCCAGCCCCAUCCUGCCGCUCGGCAUGCUGGUACCCGCCUCGCACUAGCCCCCUCCCACCCCCCCACCCCCCCUCGGGGACAAACGGACCGUGGCGGAAACCAGCCAGCUGCUACGCAGCUGAUGGAAGUCUGACCUUGCACUGGACUCUCUUACCCAUUCGGAUUCCCCCCCCCUCAAAGACGUUUUGUUUACUUUCAUAUCCGUAGCAUUUUACAGACGUCUGCACUCUUUGCCAAAGCCGUUGUGUCAAGUUCUUUGUCUGUUUUGUAUAUAUGAAUGUAUUGUAUAUUCUGAGCUGCAUUUAUUGAACAUUAAAAGACAAAAUAAAUUGUUAUAUGUGAAAAGAUCUGUAAGUGAACAGUAUUCUAUUACACUGUGACAAUUAUGUACUAUCAUACUUUGCAUAUUAUUUAAUAAACGUUUUUCAUAAAUGAA